AUGUGGCGCCAUUUUGACGCAGGACUCUACCAAUUUCUUAAGAAUCAUGUAUACAUACCUCUCAUGAAAGCUACAAUGCCUCAUGCUGUGUUUCGAGGUCUAUUGGCGCUGAUCGCCGUUUCUCUAUCUGCUGCGGAGUUAAUCAUCGAAAAAAUUGGGAAGGCGUUGUGGAGCACUUCACAGUUCCAAGAAUUUCGACGAAACAUUGGAGAGGAAAAUACAAGACGUUUGAUCGCUCUGUCAAUGCUAGCGACCGUCAUUCCAGGAAUUUUUGGUGUGUUCUUCUUUCUUGGUGAGGAAGGUACAGGAGCAGCAGUAUUUCAAAACGUUCUGAUUAAUGGAUUUAAAGACGUACUCAAUGGUAACGUCGUGUUAAGCAGUGGCUGCGCAGGACUUGUUUUUCAUACACCUGGUGAUACUUGGUACUUCUCAAUCACGUAUGCUUGGAGCUCGAAACAAUCAACGAAAGCGGGAAGAAAAAUAUUUAAAUUUGGCAAUAAAAUUGUAAUAACA